AUGCUAGUGAGUAGAUUGUCAGUAAUGUGGAAUUUGGAUAAUCCUGAGCACCGACAACAGGCUCUUGACUUUUUCUACAGUCUCCCUGACAAUGAAGAAAAUUCCGAUGAAGAACCGGACGAUGGCGCAAAUGAAGAAAUGGAUCUUCUAGACUUUACAACUUCUGAUACAAGUUACACUAAUUCUCCUCGAAAUUCUUCAACAACUUCAGCUAGGAACGUUACUGUACCCUUGUCGCCAGAACCGGAUAUCGAAUUUUUACACUCGGUAACACCAGAGUUGGUAUCAAUUCAGGAAUCACUCAGUGACGAUGAGGCCCGAGAUAAAGAUAAUGAAAAGCGAUCUUGGUUGCCAAGCUGUGACCAUAUACAUGACAAAAAUAUAGACUUCUGUAAAACUCCUGAACCUGUUGUGCAAAUUUCUGAACACGCUAAAGAAAUUAUUUACUUCAAUCAAAUACUAAACGAGGACAUUCUGGAAUUCAUUGUCGACCAAACUAAUUUGUAUGCUUGUCAAGACCUUCCGAGGAAGAGUAACAAGAAGACGGGGCCAGGCCCUUCAAAUAAUUGGGAGAACACUUCCAUAGAAGAGAUCAAAGCUCUUAUAGGAGUAAGGCCCCUGAUUGAUAUCCUCAAUGAGUCAUUCCCCAAGGCAUACAAUCACUCUAGUUACCUGGCUGUGGACGAAUCAAUGAUCGCCUUCAAAGGACGUUCCUCAAUAAAGCAAUAUAUGCCUAUGAAGCCGGUCAAACGAGGAUACAAGGUUUGGUGUUUAGCUGACUCUGCUACAGGGUAUAUAUGUAAGUUUGAUAUAUACACAGGCAAAACCUCCGAUUCAGAAAAGCAAAAUUAUGGCUUAGGAGAAAGGGUAGUAAUAAAUCUUACUUCUUCUCUGAAAAAUAAGGAUUGUAUGGUAGCAUUUGACAAUUUCUUUACUAGUGUAAAUCUAAUGGAAACUUUGCUAAAGGACGGAAUAUAUGCUCUAGGUACAGUGCGAUCAAAUCGAAAGAACUUGCCAGAUAUAUAUAAGGAUAAAACGAAACUUCAGCGUGGAGAAUUUAUGUUCGAAACAAAAGGAAAACUAUCCGCUAUCAAAUGGAUGGACAGUAAAAAUGUGUAUGUUCUUACAAAUUACUUUUGUCCUAAAGAUACAACAACUGUAUUACGAAGAAACAAGGCUGGCGAAAGACAGACUGUUUAUUGCCCGAAAGUGGUACCUGAAUACAAUCGAAUAAUGGGAGGUGUAGAUAAGUUCGACCAGCUUCACGAACGAUAUGCUGUUGGUCGUAGAUCAACGAAAUGGUGGCAUCGCAUUUUGUAUUAUCUGAUAGAUAUGUCUAUUGUCAAUUCGUUUAUAUUAAUGAAAAUCAAUCGAAAGCGAACUGUCGAUCAGUUGUCAUUUAGAAUCAAUUUGGCAAGGCAACUUAUAAACGGUUACAACAAAAUUAAAUAA